CGGCAGUUGAACAUGAGGGUGCAGCAACAACACUACGUACGAAACAGGGCGAAUUGACACCGUGCUAAAGAGUCCAAUGAUAGCACAUGCCAUUGGCACGUGAUCAGCAUGUGCCAAGGCGUUUGCUCGACAAAGUGACGAACCCAUGCGCCAACCAACCUCAACACCACCACAACAAUCUAUGCGACAGCGUGCAUGCAGCAAUCCUCUUCUUCUUAGGGCGCAUCAGUUCUAACAUAUACACAUCACGCGGAUAUAUACACUAGGACGCUACCAUGAGUGCCGACGAAGAUCAGGCGCGCAUGCCUUCACCAGCUGCUGAUAUGCAUCGCGAUGGUGUUGUCAGUCACGGGAGCGAUCGCGAACACAGCGCGUCACCUUCGACUGAGGAUGGUGCUGUGAGCGAGAGGAACGAGGGUGCCACUGUUGCAAGUGACCCACCGCUGCCUGACGAGGAGGCGCCUCCGCUCCCGGACGAGCAACCUCCAAGUGCAGAGGACGACGGCUGGGACGCGCUUUGGGACAUGAAUGCGAACCAACAUUAUUUCUACAACAAGAUUACUGGAGUGUCGCAAUGGACAAACCCGCGUGUGCCCGAAGCGGCCGCUACCCACAGUCACGGAUCGACUCUCAAUACAGGCGCUUCCAUGCAAGCAACAAACUCUGGCGCACCCGGCACCAGCUCGCCGCCCAGGCGCAAGUGGGGAGGAUACAAUCCAGCAAUUCACGGCAACUAUGACCCCAAUGCGGACUACGCUAAGGAGGCAGAAGAGGAGGAAGAACAGGCUGCUGCGGGUGUCACUGGUAUCCAGAACCCUAAUCAGGAUUAUGUUGCGCAAGCCCAUUUCAAUCGCUUCACCGGUAAAUUCCAACAGGCUAGCAUGGGUCCAGAGAUGCACAACGAUGAAAACAAGAGCAAGCGACAAAUGACAGCGUUCUUCGACGUUGAUGCAGCUGCCAAUAGCCAUGAUGGUCGUAGCCUCAAGGCAGAGCGCCGUGGCAAGGCUCUGUCCAAGAAAGAACUCAAAGCUUUCUCAGAGAAACGCAAAGCCAAGAAAGAGGAGAAGCGCCGUGCCUGGCUGAGGGACUGAACGCUGGGCGGGAUGAGGAUCACAUAAAUAUGUAACAUGUAUGGCGUUCAAGGUAGGGUGUGGCAUCAAUUUCUGGAUUUUGGUCCUGGAUGAAAGCAAUCACGGAGGAACCACGUGUAACAGUUGUCCGAUUCUUUUUGCAACAUGAUCGACAUUUGCACGACAGCCUAUCCGUCUAUCAAAGGCUACUCAUGUAGAUGACCAUGACAAUCCUGGCAAGAAAGAGCUUCCGCCACUUUCAAACCUUGUUGAAAGGCCAGGAUA